AUGCAAACAGAUGACACAAAUAGUAAUUUAGCCCAGGAAAGUAUCAUUAAGAUAAAAUCUAAACCUUCCCUCAUAGAAGACCUAAUCGCAUACCCAACUGAACCCUCCAAAAUAACUAGUAUCGAUACAGAAUAUGAGAGAAAAGAUAAGCCAUUGUCCAAUAAAA